AUGCUUGGGCCCCCACCAUUUUUCUCCUUAUCCUCCUCAUCUCAGCCCUUGUAUCACACCCUUACCCCGACCUUGCUCUUGUUAUCCUCGUCAUCCUUGCAUUCCCCUUCACUCUCUACCUGUCGCUCCAGCAGAGCCAGUACAUCUGGCUGGACCCUUUCUCUGACGAAGCAUACCCUUGCUCCGUUUCACUCGAUGACUGAUCCUAUGGACAGUCCCCUUUACCCUUACUGUCCGGACAGUAACCUAUUGUCACGAGUACCUUUAACAAACCACUAUUCUUUCUUAAAUCUUCCUAAGCGCCAAUACACAACACCUAAGUCAAACCCUAACCCUAUCCCGAAAGCAUCUACCAGUUCAGAGAUUCCUUUAGCGCCCACGACACGUGUCUUCAAUGUGACUGAUGAAGAAGACGAGUUCUUUGAUUGUGAUUAG